ACCCUCUGAAUUAAAUAAUCUCCCCUUCUUGUCCUUGUUCUCUCUGUCUUGUAAAUUAGAUUCAUCGUUUUGUUUCCUCAAACUACGGUUCUGCUUUCUCGGAGAUUCCAUUCCUCCAACUCCAAAGAUUCAGGGAUGUCUAGAGAAGUCAUUGCUACUCCAUCAGCUCCUUCAUUUGAUUAUGAGAUCUUGGAUAGAGAUCCUGACAUCCUUAGAACUGUUAGUGCCUCAUCCAAUCGCACUAAUCCAUGGAUUGAACCUGAAAGGUUGAAACUGAGACAUAGAAUUGGUCGGGGGCCCUUUGGUGAUGUUUGGCUUGCAACCCAUCAUCAGUCAACUGAAGAUUAUGAUGAGCACCAUGAAGUUGCUGCUAAGAUGUUCCAUCCAAUCAGAGAAGAUCAUGUGAAGAUUGUAUUGGAGAAAUUCAACGAGUUAUACUUUAAAUGCCAAGGAGUUUCUAACGUUUGCUGGCUGCAUGGGAUUUCAAUCAUAAAUGGAAGGAUCUGCAUCAUUAUGAAUUUGUAUGGGGGUUCAAUUGGUGAUAAGAUGGCUAGACUCAGAGAAGGCUUUAUUUCUUUGCAUGAUGUUUUGAGGUAUGGAAUCAAUCUAGCUGAAGGUAUUGUGGAACUUCACUCUAAAGGGAUCCUUAUUCUCAACCUGAAACCAUUCAAUGCUCUUCUCAAUGAUAAUGAUCAAGCAAUUUUGGGAGAUGUUGGUAUUCCUAGUGUUUUGCUUGGCUCCUCAUUUCUUAACUCAGAUAUGGCUCAGAGGCUUGGAACUCCAAAUUACAUGGCUCCAGAACAAUGGGAACCGGAGAUCAGAGGCCCGAUAUCCUUUGAAACGGAUACAUGGGGGUUCGGAUGUACCAUUGUUGAGAUGUUGACCGGUAAUCAACCUUGGUUUGGAUGUCCUGUUAGUGGAAUAUACCAAUCGGUUGUUGAAAAGUAUGAAAAACCCCAUAUUCCGAGUGGCCUUCCUUCUUCGGUUGAGAAUAUCCUUAGUGGAUGCUUUGAGUAUGAUUUGAGAAAUCGCCCUCUGAUGGUUGAUAUUUUGAGCGUCUUUAAAAGCUCACUGAAUGAACUGUCCAAUGAUGGAGGAUGGAGAUAUCAGGGAAUCAUGAAAGUUAUUCCCAAAUCAGUUAGCACGGGCUACACAAAGUGGGUCCCCUCAAAGGAUCAUCUUCAGGUGGGCGACAUGGUCCGAUCUAGAAAGCCUUCCAAUUCAUGCAAAGCUCAAAACAUGGAAAUCUCGGAAGGAACUGUUGUUGGUUUAGAACGCAAUGCGGAUCAUGGUUUUGUUCUCGUGAGGGUCCACGGUAUUCACGACCCUGUGAGAAUUCACGCGUCGACUCUCGAACGCGUCUCAUUUGGCUUGGCAGCCGGUGACUGGGUGCGCUUAAGAGAUGAGAACGAGAAACACUCACCGGUGGGCAUUUUGCAUUCCAUCAAUCGCGAAGAUGGUAGAGUCACUGUUGGAUUCAUCGGGCUGCAAACCCUUUGGAAUGGAAAUUCCUCAGAAUUAGAAAUGGCAGAAUCAUUCUGUGUGGGCCAGUUUGUCAAGCUGAAAGACACUGUUUCGAGUCCUCGGUUUGAAUGGCGUCGCAAAAGGGGAGGCGGUGCGUGGGCUACUGGUAGGGUUUCAUGGAUCCUCCCUAAUGGGUGUUUGAUUGUCAAGUUCCCAGGGAUGCUGAAUCUUGGGAAUGAAUCUAGCACAUUCUUGGCUGAUCCAUUCGAGGUUGAAGUGGUUAAUUUUAAGACUUGUCCCGGGAUGAUAGAAAAGUAUCAACAUGUGGAGGAUCAUCACUGGGCAGUUAGACCUGUUCUUAUUGUGUUUGGCCUCUUCACAGCUCUCAAACUAGGCACAUUGGUUGGAAAGAAAGUGAGGAGGAACGCGAAGGUCAAUGCAAUAGAAAGCGAAAAUGAAUAUGUUGAAGGUCAAAAUGGCAGCAAUGCUUCAAGGAGAUCCUCUAGUACUAUAGCUCCUGGCACAACAUGGGUUCCUUCAGUUGCUAACAUGAGUAACAUCCUUUUUAAAGGUGGUAUAUAACACUUUCACUGGUAGGUAAUUUUAGCUUCCCCUUCAGUUAAUAUUUGUAGCAUGCAUUGACUAGUUUCUAGACCUAUGAAGCAAAGUCCAUCAGCUGUGAAGUUAAACCAACAUCAUUUGAAAUAUGCUUAAAUGCCAUCCCGGCUAUCUCUGAAUGGUGAAAUUGUACAUAUCCUUUACAGGAUUAGCUCUGUACAUAGUUUCCAAAAUGCUGCUUGUAUGGUGAACAAACAGUCAAACACUAUGGAAAUUUCACGAUAUGCAUAUUGAAUUUUAAAAAGGAAUGGAAAGAUUUGAUUGAAA